AUGGUCGCUUAUAAAAAUGUCGCGAUCGCUGGCAGUACAGGCAUUCUGGGACCCUCAGUAGUUGAGGCCUUCCAAAAGUCCGGGCACUUCAACAUCACAUUACUUGCAAGAGCAAAUAAUGUUGAUGCCGUCAAAGCCCAAUUCCCCGAUGUCAAAGUCGCACAAAUUGACUACGAUUCUCCUGAAUCUCUUACCAAGGCUCUUGAAAACCAAGAUGCUGUCGUGUCGGCGCUGAACCACGAGCUUCAUAAGCCGCAAAUCGCUCUCAUUGAUGCAGCGAUCAAAGCUGGUGUCAAACGAUUUAUUCCUUCCGAGUAUGGAGCCGACGCGAGCAUUCAAGAAAUUCGCGACAUUCCCUACCUCCGAAGCAAAGGAAUCGUUCAAGAUUACAUCACCAAGUCGGGCUUGUCAUAUACGUUCUUGUACACCGGGCCGUUCCUUGAAUGGGCACUGUUGAAGGGCUUUUUCCUAGACCCUGACAAUGCGGACGCUCAUGUUUGGAAUGGGGGAGAUAUCCCCAUCGGCACAACGCUGCUAUCAGAUGUCGGUUUAGCAAUUGUAAACACCUUGCUAAACCCCUCUGAAACUGAGAAUCGCCAUCUAUACGUCGCUUCACGUGUGACGACGCAAAACGAAAUUCUAGCUGCUGCUAGAGAAAGUCACCCGGAAAUCAAAUUCUCAAUUGUUCCACGCGACUUGGAGAGCUCGCUGGCUGCUGCAUGGGAGGCUGAUAAAGCAGGCCGAUCCGGGGAGCCUGGAUUUAUUCGCGACUUUCUCUCCGCCUGCCUCUAUAAAUUCCAUCGGGAGUAUAAAGUUGAUGAUAAGAGAGACAAUAACCUGCUCGGGAUUAGGACGUUGAGUGGAGAGGAAUUCAAGCAGGUUAUUGCAAAGGCUCUAGAUUGA